AGUGAGGCCGGAAGUGAGUGCAAUAAAGUUUCUUCAGGGAGGCCGGGCCGGGGAGAAAGUUGGAACGGCAACCUAAGGAGGCAGUAGCGUGAUCCGGAACCAAAUCGGGCCGCGGUGCGGUGCGGAGACUCCAUGAGGCCCUGGUGAGUUGGGCCUUUCCCCUCUCUUUAGGUGACCCACUCCUCCACCCCGGAACCCCUCUCCCGGGACCCUACUUCCGGUCUUCGAGUACAAGUCCCGCCUCCUGAGACCCCCUCCCCGGAAGUCCCACCUACCAACUUCAGGGGGCUCCCCGAACCCCGACUUGUUUUCUGCUUAUUGUCCACAACCCCACCCUGUCUCCCAGCUUUCCUGGAAGCCCCACCCCCGGACAUGCUUCCAAGCCCUAGUGCAAGAAACCUGACGGUAUUCCUUCCAAUUCCCCGAGACCCCGCCUCCUUGCGACGGGUCUCCGCUAACUCCUGUCAAUCAAAGAGCCUAUCUCCCAAAGAGUAGAGCCCCGCCCCUCAGAGAACGCUAGGGACGCGUGAAGCCCCACCUCCCCGAGGCCCCGCCUCUUCACACCCUAGUCAGGUCGAGAGAACACCCCGCUUCCCAGAAGUAUCGGGAGCCUGCGACCUAGGGGCCACGCCCCCUGAGGGGCUGCUCGGGGGGCGACCCCAGUCCCCGCCUCGGAAGCGCGAUCCUUAGCCCUGAAGCCCCUGGCUCACAUCGUUCCCUUUUCUCUCUUGGGCCUCGGGCUCCGUUUUCCUGAGCGUUCGUGCCCCAGCAGGUGGGAAGUCAAAGUGCCCCCGCCCGGUUCUGAGCGGUGAGAGGUUGGAGGCAGCCCUUGGCCUCCCCUGCUCCCUUCCCAGGGUGGGCACGCGUGAAGGAGGCUGGGCUUGGGGAGCGAGGACUGCUCCGGGGUUCCAAGCCCCUUUCCCGGAGCUCCCCGUCCUAGGACCGACUCCGCCCCAGGGACAGCCGCAGGUCUCACACCUGCACCUCGGGAGCUGGUAGGGCCAUGGGUUUGUCGGCGUGCGACCCGUGGGGGCGACAGGAGCGAGCGCUGUCCGCUGCCAGAGGACGGCGACUUGGAAGGGUGGAGGGGACAAGUGGCCCUUUUGCAGGGACUCCUCAGCCCCCACCGUUCCUUUGGCCUUUCCCCUCCCCCUAAGCAGAGUUCUUGCCUGGGCCAUUUCUCCUGGGUCCGCUCGCCCAGCCUUCCCUUCUGGAAACAUUCCUGAGGCUUUCGCCAUUUCCUGCUACUUGCCUCCUCCUCCCUGCUGGGCUGGGAAGCCACCAGCGGCUUCUGCCCCACACCCGGCCACCCGGACUCUCAGGAGGCCGGCCCCUUCUUUCCUAUGCAAAUUUAAAAAGCUCUACUUCCUCUUUCUUCUCCCCCCCCCCCCAACGCCCACACCUGUGGGUCGUUCCCGGCCUCUGAAUUCCGCGGACUCCCGCGGCUGGGGGCCGUCCUGGCCGGCGUCGGGGUGCGAGGCUGUGGCGAAUCCUUUCCUCAUCCUCCCGCGGCCCGAGCGCCGAAGGCCUUGGGACGUGGAGUGAUAGAGUUGUGCUCAGGAGUGACCAGGCUGUCCUCGGGUGAGGGCUGGGGCAGGUGAAAGAGUUAAGUGGUGGCACUAUUAAUUAUAAUCAUAUCAUCAGUUGCAUCUUUAUCUUAGUUAAAUUUGAGAGUAGGUAUUUCCAAGGUGAGCGUGGGGAGUCUGCGUGUCUUUUGGUACUUGUUUGCUGACCCCACCCCCACCUUCCUCCGUGGCCCCCUCAAGCAGAGCUGUGGCAGGAAGCUGGGGGUGGGAGGGAUGGGCUUGGGGCUGUUCCUUGGGUCCAGCCUUAGCCCAUCCCUGGCGCCCCUUGGCACAGAUUUGCCUUCUGCCCCCUCUGCCCCUUCGUGGCCCGCAGCCCCCAUUUCUAUCGGGGGAUUGCUUCACUCUCCUACGUUCUCCAGGCACAUUCUGCCCCGGGCGGACACCUGCAGCUUCCCUGGUCACCGGUGUGAGAGAGUGUGUGCAGGGAGCUGACCUUAGUGUCUUGCCACCCACCACCCUGACAGCUUGCUUUGCUAACUAGGCCCUGGGGCGGGGGUGGGGGUGGGGUGGAAAUCAUAGGAGUGCUGGGCGCUGCCCCCCCCCCCCCCCCGCCGCAGGGUGGGGGCCACACUGAGGAGGCUCGGUCAGCCUGUCCUCUGCCUCCUGCCGGGCGGCUCCUGGGGCUCCUGGAGCGCCUCCCAGGUUGGACUUUGCUCCCCUUACGAUCCAGGCUUUGCUCUGUUCACUGGGACCACUUCCAGCCUUUCCCCAUUUCGUUCCCUCCUGUCCACAGCUGUUGUAGCAGAGGGUGCUAAUGGCCCAGGCGCCCUGGGGCCACCACCCCACUGCUACCCAGCGCUGAGGGUAGCCUGGCCUGGGUUGCGGGAGGGGGGAGUUUGAGUGUUCCAGCCGGACCGGAAGGGAAGUGCUGAGCUCAGGGGUCCCCUCCCUUUUCCACCCCCAGCUGCCUCUGUUUCCUCUCUCAUUCCCCCUACUCUCCUGCGGCUUCCUGCUCCCUUUGGCCUGCCCAUGUCCUGUUUGGAUUGAUCCAGACCUACCCUUGUUUCCCUCCCUUCCUUCUCGUUCCUACAUCCUUUCCUCCCACCUCUACUUUACUCCCCUCCCCGGAUUACUGGUGGUUUGUCUGGGGGCAGGGUGGGGACCCGUGCAGCUCCGUCCCUGCCGGAGUUGUCGGCUGGGCAGUGGUGGGGGUUCAGCCCCUUCGAGCCUAUGAGUCAGCAGUGUCCUCGGGAUUGGGCUCUCUCGUCUCAGCUCCCCGCCCCUGGGGAGGAGCCAGGCCGCUCUGGGUCCAGCCUGUUCUCUUCGCUGGUGGAGAAGAGGCUCCAAGCUGGGCGGGGAUGGGGCCUGAAACUAUCGGGGUCUGAGCGGUGGGGGGGCGCCGGCGCUGCUGCUCCCUCUCCCUACCCGGGAUCCUUGAGAUCCCCGGCCAGAGUGGUCCGAUCAGGCUAAGGGCCUGGGGAUGCCCCCUGCCUGGCCCCCUUGCCCUGACUGGCAGGGGGGCCAGGCUGGGCAUCAGCCUCCCUUCCCCUCCAGCCAUGGAUCUCCUGCCCCCCAAACCCAAGUACAACCCACUCCGGAAUGAGUCUCUGUCAUCGCUGGAGGAGGGGGCUUCGGGGUCCACACCACCAGAGGAGCCGCCUUCCCCAUCAGCUUCGUCCCUGGGGCCUAUCCUGCCACCUCUGCCCGGGGACGAGAGUCCCACCACCCUGUGCUCCUUCUUCCCCCGUAUGAGCACCCUGAAGCUGGCCAACCCGGCUGGAGGGCGCCCGGGGACGAAGGGGGAGCCAGGGAGGGUGGCCGAGGACGGGGCGGGGGUCUUCGGGGCGGCCGCGCCCGACUUGGGCCCCCUGCCGCUUCCCCAGGACAUGAACAAGCUGAGCGGAGGCAGCGGGCGCAGGGCGCGGGUGGAAGGGGGCCAGCUGGGGGGCGAGGAGUGGACCCGCCACGGGAGCUUCGUCAACAAGCCCACGCGGGGCUGGCUGCACCCCGACGACAGAGUCAUGGGACCCGGGGUUUCCUACUUGGUCCGGUACAUGGGCUGCGUGGAGGUCCUGCAGUCGAUGCGCGCCCUGGACUUCAAUACUCGCACCCAGGUCACCAGGGAGGCCAUCAGUCUGGUGUGUGAGGCCGUGCCUGGUGCCAAGGGGGCGACAAGGAGGAGAAAGCCCUGUGGCCGCCCGCUCAGCUCCAUCCUGGGGAGGAGUAACCUGAAGUUUGCGGGGAUGCCAAUCACUCUCACCGUCUCUACCAGCAGCCUCAGCCUCACGGCCGCACACUGCAAGCAGAUCAUCGCCAACCACCACAUGCAGUCUAUCUCGUUUGCGUCCGGUGGGGACCCGGACACAGCUGAGUACGUCGCCUAUGUUGCCAAAGACCCGGUCAAUCAGAGAGCCUGCCACAUCCUGGAGUGCCCCGAGGGGCUGGCGCAGGACGUCAUCAGCACCAUCGGCCAGGCCUUCGAGCUGCGCUUCAAACAGUACCUCAGGAACCCGCCCAAGCUGGUCACCCCUCACGACCGGAUGGCUGGUUUUGACGGCUCGGCUUGGGACGAGGAGGAGGAAGAGCCGCCUGACCAUCAGUACUAUAAUGACUUCCCGGGGAAGGAGCCCCCUCUCGGGGGCGUGGUGGACAUGAGGCUUCGGGAAGGAGCCCCCCCAGGUGCUGCUCGACCCACUGCCCCCGUUGUCCAGACCCCCAGCCACCUGGGAGCGACGCUGCCCGUAGGGCAGCCUGCUGGGGGGGACCCAGAAGUUUGCAAACAGAUACCAGCUCCACCGCCCUGCCCAGCAGGCAGAGAGCUCUUCGAUGAUCCUUCCUACGUCAACGUCCAGAACCUAGACAAGGCCCGGCAAGCAGGGGGCGGGGCUGGGCCCCCCAAUCCUGCCAUCAACGGCAGUGCACCCCGAGACCUCUUUGACAUGAAGCCCUUUGAGGAUGCCCUUCGGGUGCCUCCGCCUCCCCAGUCGGUGGCCAUGGCUGAGCAGCUGCGAGGGGAGCCCUGGUUCCACGGGAAGCUGAGCCGGCGGGAGGCCGAGGCCCUGCUGCACCUCAAUGGGGACUUCCUGGUGCGGGAAAGCACGACCACGCCGGGCCAGUAUGUGCUCACAGGCCUGCAGAGUGGGCAGCCCAAGCACCUGCUCCUGGUGGACCCGGAGGGCGUGGUUCGGACAAAGGACCACCGCUUCGAGAGCGUCAGCCACCUCAUCAGCUACCACGUGGACAAUCACUUGCCCAUCGUGUCUGCGGGCAGCGAGCUGUGUCUGCAGCAGCCUGUGGGGCGGCGGCCGGAGCCCGGCCAAGCGCUUUCUCCCCGCAGGGGCCUCUCCCCCCUUCCACCUGCUCCUUGAUUCUCAGGACUUCACUUGGGCGUGUUCUGUGGGCUGGGCCUUGGGUGGGAGCUGGGCAUCGCGUGGGCACGGCUCAGCGUCGGCUGAAUGAGAGGGUUUGUCAGAAGCCUGGGGCAGAAUCCUAGUUCUCCCCGAACCUUACCAAAGUAUUAAUGUACAGAGCAGCCCCUUCCUUGGGCCUCUCCUGUGCCAAUCUGAUACCCCUUCCCCAAGGAGGUGGGUGCUGGAGACCUGGGCAGCGCGCCUCCUUGAAAUGAGAAAGUGUAAGGGGGCAAUCACCUUUCCAGGGAAGGGGGAACAAAUCACACCUUUCGCCUACCCGCGGGCUCAGGGCACCCCAGUUCUCUCUCAGCAACCCUCCCCCGCAGGGGUUAAACUUUGUGCCUUUGACCAUCUCCUAGGUCUGAAGAUAUUUUAUGCAAAGAGUUCUUGAGCCCCUGAGGUUGAGGAUGGGCGUGCUGACACCUUGGCUUGGGGGCCCCUGUCCUCUCCUUGCUCAGCACCCACUCCACUCCAGUUUAGGAGAGCAGAGGCAGGAACGGCAGCUGGCCCCUGUCCCCUGGGAAAUGCGACCCUUAGAGAUUGCCUCAGAGCCCCCCUCUCCCUGGCCAGUGGGGAGAUGGACCCCUCCCUUGCUCAGUGCCUCCUGGGAGGGGGAAGACGGGUGGGGGAGGGGGACCCUCACCCAAGGGGUCUGUAUAUACAUUUUGUAAGUCCCUCCCCCGCUUCCGUGUUGCAUGCAUGUUACACUCUACAGCCAAAGCGUAGCCCUUGGUCCUGCAGCCUCUACCCUGCCUCCUCUUGCUGGGGCGGGCGGGGGUGGGGGGUGACCGAAUUGGGCCCCUUGAACGAGUAACUGCGGGUUUGUGGAGGCAGGGAUGGCGACAUUGAGACUAAAGCAGUAGACAAUCCCCAAAUACCAUGUGUAGGUUUGGAACUACAUUUAUUUUGAUUUUAUACGCGUAUAUUUUAGGGCUGUGGUUUUACUUUCCUUGUUUUCCCUGGCUCAUCUUGAACACAGAAUGAUAGUCAA